CUUCACUCUAUUUCCCACAUACAUACAUAUCUCACUCAUAUCAAUAUCGGCCCUCUUUCCUGUGACUGCAUCUGCAAUGCCUCCUAAGCAGCACAACGAGCGGCCUCUCCUGGCUAGCGUUCUUCCCAAAGAACAAAAGCCAUGGUAUCGCAUCUCGUACCUCGUCCAACUCAAUCUCCUUCUCCUUAUCCCCCUCAUGUCAUCCUCUGUGGCAGGAUUCGACGGCUCGUUGAUGAACGGCCUACAGGCACUCCCUUCCUGGAAAAACAAGUUCGGUAAUCCUCAAGGCCACACCCUUGGCUUCGUCAAUGCUGCGCAGUCGUUUGGAUCGAUCCUUGCCCUCCCCUUCUGCGGCUCUCUGUCGGAUAGAAUUGGCCGCAAGAACACGCUAUUACUCGGUGGUGUGAUCAUCAUCGUGGCUUCUGUGAUUCAGGCAGCCGCUAUCAACUACGGAAUGUUUGUCGCUUCCCGAGUGCUGGUUGGCAUGGGUGCCAUCACCAUUAUACAGCCCAGCCCUAUGCUGAUUUCAGAGCUGUGUUACCCAAGCCAUCGAGGAGUCUACACGGCUCUGUUUUGGACAUUCUACUACUUUGGCUCUAUCAUCGCUGCCUGGAGCACAUAUGGUCUCCAGAGGCACAUGCCCGAGAGUGUCUGGGCGUGGCGAGGUCCCUCUAUCCUUCAGGGCUGUCUUCCCAUACUCCAACUAGUUUUUUGGUGGAAACUCCUUGAGUCCCCUCGAUGGCUCAUUGCCAAUAACCGAGCUGACGAAGCGCGCGCUACCCUGGCCAAAUAUCAUGCUGGCGGAGAUGUCUCGAGCCCUCUUGUCGACUUCGAAAUGAACGAGAUUGUCACCGCUAUUGAGCUCGACCGACAUGCCCGGGACGUCAAGUGGAGCGCUCUUGUGGCGACCCCCGGCAACCGAAAACGGGUUCUGAUCUCUUUCUUGUUGGGCUUAUUUUCGCAGUGGGUGGGAAACAGUGUUGUUUCGUAUUAUUUGACUCUUGUACUAGACACCGUUGGUGUCAAGAACCCUGAUACCCAGACUCUGAUCAACGGUCUUCUCCAGUUGUUCAACUUUUUUGCCGCCAUCCUCGCCGCGUUCUUGGUAGAUAGGCUCGGCAGACGUACUCUGUGGAACUGGUCAGGCGUUGGCAUGUUGAUCUCUUUCAUCAUAUGGACUAUUUGCUCCGCCCGGUUUGGGAUCAACCCAUCUAACGGCCUCGGUAUUGCUGUCAUCGCGUUUAUCUUCAUCUACUUCUUCCAUUACGAUAUCGCCUAUACACCACUCGUCCUGGCUUACGCUACCGAGAUUCUCCAAUACUCUAUUCGCUCCAAGGGACUGAGUCUGACUUUUAUUGCUAUUUAUUCGUCACUGAUCGUCUUGUCUUUUGUCAACCCGAUCGCGCUGGAGGCCAUCGGCUGGAAGUACUACAUUGUCUUUUCCUGCAUUACGGGUGUAUCCGUGGUUGUCAACUAUUUCCUCCUGCCUGAAACGAAGGGCCUCUCUCUUGAGGAAAUCGGAAGCCUUUUUGAGGAAAAGGACGUUGCUGAUGGCGAGAUCGGAUCAUCUAAGUUGGAUGGAGAAGAGGUUAGCCAUGUCGAUAUUAAGCACUAGAAAGAACUCGGUAGUGGUGUGCCGAG